AUGUCGUGGUAUAGCAAGGUUGCAUGGACCGAAGGCCUGUUUUUGAGGCCGCAUCAUCUGCAGCAGAGCGACCGGUACGCCGAACAUUUGCUGGAUGAACGUAUCAGGCUUGCCUCCUCAUAUCCUUGGGGCUUUUCAGAGAUUGAAAUCGAUCAGGAUGUCGGGCAGCAAUGUCGAUUUGCGCUGCGUUACGGACGCGGUAUUUUUCCGGAUGGCACCGUUUUCAACUUUCCAGCCGACGGAACGCCGCCGCCAGCCAUUGAUGUUCCCGAAGAUUCAGCCGGCCAGAUCGUCUGGCUCGGAAUCCCGGAGACGACCGUCAACGCAGUCGAGGUGGCCAGCGGCAGGGAAGAUGCGGCGACGCGCUACGUUCAGGGUCGCGAGACGAUUAUCGAUUCGACCUCGGCCAUUCGGCAGGAAGAAGAAAUCGAUGUCGCACAUCCGCGGCUGAUGUAUUCGAUACGGGCCACACCCCAUCCGGGACAUGUCUGUCUGCCGGUCGCCCGUAUUACCGAAAUCAAGGACCGUAUCGUGAUCACCGACGGCACGUUUGCGCCGCCGGUUCUUGCCUGCCACGUACAUCCCGUUGUGACCGGAUGGAUCGACUCGGUGAUUGGCUGGGUGGAAAGGAAACUGAGCGAACUUGCGCGAUAUGCAGCCGAUACGUCGGCAGGCGGCGGAUUACAGAAUUUCGAUUACCUGACGCUGCAAAUGCUCAAUCGGCUCCAUCCGCAACUGAUGCAUCUUCGCAAAUCGGCUUAUGUGCAUCCUGAAAGGGUCUAUUCGGAAUUUAUCCAACUGGCAGGUGAACUGGCCACAUUCGCAACAGAAGAACGGCGGGCCCGAAACUAUCCGGUCUACGAUCAUGACCGUCUGCAUGACAUCUUCAAGCCGGUGCUCGCCGAUAUACAGGCGUUUCUGUCUGCCGGUUACGACCGCCGUGCAAUCCGCCUCCCUCUGGAACAGCUUGCUCCCAAUGCCUUCAAGUCGACGAUUGUCGACCGCAAUCUUUUCUCGCAGGCGAGUUUUGUCAUCGAAGUUGCGGCACGUCGUCCGCUCACCGAGAUCCAGAACGAAUUUCCGCGGCUGUUCAAGGUCGGUCCAUUCGGCCAGAUGCGCCAGAUCGUCUAUUCAAAUCUGCCGGGUAUACCGCUAAUUCACAUGCCGGUCCCGCCCGCUCAGAUCCGGGCUCUUACCGAUCGGGUCUAUUUCCGACUGGACAAGACGACACCGCUUUGGCGCGAAUUCAGCCAGGACUCCGCGAUCGGGCUACAAUUUUCCGGCAACUGGCCGGACCUUCAGCUUGAAUUCUAUGCCAUUCGGGAGGGACGAUGA